AUGGCUGAUUCUACUUUUGUUCCACCUCCUGCAAAGAAAAGGAAGCACGUUUCUUUAACUAUACAGCAAAAAAUUGACAUAAUUAGAAGACUUGAACGAGGUGAGAGCAGAAAUUCAAUUAAAAUUAGAUAUAAUAUAGGAUCAUCAACCAUUUAUGAUAUUAAGAAGCAAAAAGAAAAAUUAGAACAAUUUCUCGCUGAUUCAGAGUCUAGUGAAUGGUUUGAUGUUCGUUGCAAUGUGAAAAAGCCAAAACAUGCUGAACUGGACAGUGUUCUUUACAAGUGGUUUCGUGGCAAACGUGAUGAAGGUUUGCCAAUUACUGGUCCCACAAUUAUCGAGAAAGCGAAAAUGAUUCAUACCGAAUUUGGAUUUAACGAUGAUUGUACUUUUUCCGACGGUUGGUUAAGAAACUUCCGAGUUCGUCACGGAAUCACGAAGUAUGACAUGUCUGGAGCUCCCAGAGACCCCGGUGCUAAUGAAAUUCAGUUUGACAUUUCGGAGUCGUACGGAGAUAUUUUUGCAGAUUUAAUCAAGCAAUAUAAUUUGACGGCUCACCAAAUUUACAAUGCGGAUUUUUCAAAACUAUUCUGGCGAUAUUUACCCGACAAAGUGUUGGAUUCUGGUGAGUGCCCCGAUGAAACAUUUAGCCAAGACAAAUUGAACGUGUUCCUUUGUGCGAAUGCGGAAGGAACCCAUCGUCUGAAACCGUUAGUGAUUGGUACUUGUGAAAAUCCUAUUCCUUUUAGGGUGUUGGCUUCUCUUCCUGUCUUAUAUAAAGCUCAACCGGGUUUAUGUUUGACGUUCGAUAUGUUAAAGGAAUGGUUUCAUCAAGAAUUUGUGCCAUCCGUCAAGGAAAAUUUCAGGCGAGUCGGACUUCCGGAAGACAGCAAUGCUAUCUUGCUGUUGGACAAUUUAAAAACUCAUCCGCACGAGAAUGAACUGGUGUCAGAAAAUAUAUUCACCGUCCAUCUUCCGACUGAAGUGGCAGCCGUAUUACAACCUAUGGAAUGUGGAAUCCUUCAAACUUGGAAAUGUCACUAUAGAACAUUAUUUUGCAGAAGGCUUUUAGACUCCCAAAAGCCGUUAAAGGAGUUUGUAAUGGAUUAUUCCAUGAAAGAUGCCGUGUUUAACGUCGCACUUGCAUGGGAAGAGUCGAAAGAAGAUGCAUUGAAGACGUGCUGGAAGAAACUAUGGCCUGGAAUUUUACCGAAUGAUAAAUACUCUAGUGAAAGUGACAAAUUUGUUUUGGACGCUGCCACUAUGUCCGAAAUUCAGGAUAUUAUCAAAAACAUAAAAAAAAUACCGGACGAUUCCAAUCCUUUUAACGGUUUGACGGAAGAAGAGCUAGAAGAAUUGCUUAAAACAGAUAGAGAUGAUGACGUGCUGUUUGAGCAGAUUAUGGAAGAAGGGUCGGCUACCGAAAAUUCUCGGGAAUUACAGCCGAUCGAAGCGUUUGAAGAUAUCAUUCAAGCGGAGAGGAUUCGCUCUUCCUGGAAUGAGGCAGCAAAUCAUUUGAACAAAUUCAUUCAGUUUGCAGAGCGAAGCAAUUUUUAUACUGCAUCUGAAGUGCUCCAGUUACACAUUAUUCAAAACAACUUCCUGAAGAAGAAAAGCGAUUCUGUCAAACAAGCGGAUAUCAUUCGAUGCUUGACGGAACCGCGAACCGUUCAGUUAUCUAAUCCGAGAGAAAACAGUUUACAAGUGUGCGAUGAUAACUCGUUCCUUUCCUCUGGAGAAGUAAAGGAUGAAUUUCAGUGA